AUGAGUUAUAGGUCCCUUUUGAAGAGAGUUAUUGCUGAAGCCAACUUGGCUGUUGAUCGAGUCUGUGGUGGAGACUACACGCUGGUCUUCGCUGAUGCUCUGAUUUUAUUCGCGAUCAAGGCAUUCGAUGUGAUUGUUAUUGCCAAUCUCCCUGCCUCGUUCUCUGAUCAAAAUACAGAUGAUAUUGCUGAGUGA